ACCAUACCAGACCAGUCCACAGAAAUAAUCACAUUAGAAAAGUCAUCAAUCUCAGAUAGCAACCUAUCAACAAUCAACAUUCAACAAACGCUGAUAGUACCAACCCAAACCCUUGUAUUUCACUCAAUCUCUUCUUUUACUAAAUACAAACUCAUAUACCAUUCAAGAAUUUCAAUUUCCUUCCCCCACCACCAAAAAAAAAAAAAAAAAAACCGAAAGAAUAGAAAGCAAAAUCCUCAGAAGAACCAGAAGGAACAACCCACCAAAGCAAACAAUUUUUUCCCAACAUGGGUUCUGAUUCUUCCUCCAUUUCAGCUACAACAAAGCCUACACCAUUACCAACCCAGGAAGAUGACCCUUCAAACCCAUCCACUGCUCUUCUUUCUUUCAACACAGACUCUUCCUCCUCUUCCUCAACAGACUCUCCUCACAAAGCUUCCACAACUACCAUCCUCUUUAUUUCUCUUCUUCUCAUCACAUGUAUUGCUUUCUCAGCCGCCAUAGCCUUUGCCUUUCUCUUCUUCUCUUCCGCUUACCCUUCCUCUUCUUCUUCAGCCUCAUCCCCAUCAGCCUCCUUUUCCGUAGAGUCAAAAGCUCGAAAUCUCUCAAAACUUCAACAUCCUGUGGUCUUGUUGGUUUCCUCAGAUGGGUUUCGAUUUGGGUACCAAUUCAAGACCUCCACACCCAAUAUCCGUCGCUUAAUAGCUAACGGGACGGAGGCUGAGACGGGUUUGAUUCCGGUUUUUCCAUCUCUAACUUUUCCUAACCAUUACUCAAUUGUCACUGGCCUUUACCCUGCUUAUCAUGGCAUUAUUAACAACUACUUUUUGGAUCCAAUCACUGGUGAGGCUUUCACUAUGGGGAGCCAUGAUGCUAAGUGGUGGUUGGGUGAGCCUCUAUGGGAGACUGUGGUCAAUAAUGGCUUGAAGGCUGCCACGUAUUUCUGGCCUGGUUCUGAGGUAAAGAAAGGUUCUUGGACUUGUCCUGCUAAGUUUUGUAUGUAUUAUAAUGGUUCUGUUCCUUUUGAGGAACGAGUUGAUACUGUUUUAAGUUAUUUUGAUUUGCCUAGUAGCGAUAUUCCUUCGUUUAUGACACUGUAUUUUGAGGACCCGGAUCAUCAGGGUCACCGUGUGGGGCCCGAUGAUCCGGAGAUAACUGAAGCUGUUGCUAGAAUUGAUAGGAUGAUUGGGAGGUUGAUUGAAGGUUUAGAAAAGAGAGGUGUGUUUGAGGAUGUUUCUAUAAUUAUGGUGGGUGAUCAUGGGAUGGUUGGUACAUGUGAUAAAAAACUUAUUUUUCUAAGUGAUUUGAAUCCUUGGAUUGAGAUUCCAGCUAAUUGGGUUAUGUCACACACACCUCUGCUGGCAAUUCGCCCGCCUCCAGGUGUUGAGCCACGGGAUGUUGUUGCAAAGAUGAAUGAAGGGUUACAGUCAGGGAAGGUUGAUAAUGGGAAUAAUUUGAGAAUGUAUCUCAAGGAGGAUCUGCCUAGUAGGCUUCAUUAUGCUUCUAGUGAUCGGAUUCCACCAGUAAUAGGUUUGAUUGAAGAGGCAUUUAAGGUGGAGCAGAAGAGAUCAAAGCGACAAGAAUGCGGUGGUUCACAUGGAUAUGACAAUUCUGUUUUCUCCAUGAGGACCAUUUUCAUUGGGCAUGGUCCUCAAUUUGCAAGGGGGAAGAAAGUUCCAUCUUUUGAGAAUGUACAGAUAUAUAACUUGGUCACUUCGAUUCUCAAGGUUCAGGCUGCUCCCAAUAAUGGGUCUGCAUCAUUUCCAAAGUCUGUUCUUUUGCCUAGUUCCUAAAAUCCAAUGGUAAACAUUCUCUCGAGUGGAGUCAGCUGCCAAAUCCUGGGGGAGUGGUUGUUGGCAAGAUUUUUCUAUCAUGAAGCAAUAUGUGCAGGCAAAGAGAGAUGGUUAUGGAUAAAAUGAUGAUGCUCUGAAGAAAGGUAACAGUAUCAAUUGUCUUAGAAUCCCAUGAGCAACAUGUUGAGUCGUACUUAGUUACAUAAAUAAUAUAUUCCAUUUACUUGCUAUGGUUUUGGUUCGAAUUGCAACUAUUAGGAGCUGCACAAGUAAGAAAAGCACCCCUGGCAUUAUAAAAAGAAUUUAUUGUAUUUUUGUAAAGUUCUUUGAAGGUUUUCCUUGAGGUAGAAUCAGUAGCAUUUGGAUCUACAACUCCAUGUAUUUUUCAUAUAAUCUAGAUGCAUAUACCAGAUGCAUGACUGAGUCUAGAACUAGAUGAACAUUGUAUUUGAUAUCUGCUUGUGGCACUUAUUUUCAUUUGCUUGAA